AUGGGCUUCUAUAACCGGCCUGCACUGGCACGAGGCCAGGAGGCGUACUGGACGACAAGAGCCGACAACUCUAGCAAUGGCCAUCAUGGUCAGCCGGUGCCUUCGACCCCAUUUAUCUCGACUCAUCCAUAUCAUGGAACGGCUCCCACGCUGCCCCCUGUGCGCUCGCUUCUCCUCCACGGGGCCCACGCACGAGGCCGCCAGGUCCACAGUACCCAUGGAUCCUGGAAAAAAAUAUCCAACCGCAUAGCCAAAUGCGACUGCUGCGAGAACCGCUGCUCCGGUGUUGGGCAGCAGUGCACUGACUGCGGCGCCAAUGUCUGCCACGCCUGCGCCGUCUCGGGCAGGUGGCUGGGCAUGGGCAACCACCACAUGAAUCUCUCCGCCCUAGACUGGAGUCUAGCGCCGUCCAAAAAGAGUAGGCCAGUACAAACCGGUAGCUACGCGAAGGGGGCCACGAGCGCUACCGCGACAUCAGCAGGUCGAGGCAAGCGAGCGCGACCAAAUGCCACCCACACUGGCGCCCGCCCUUCCAAGCGAAAGGCUUCAGGGCCGGCGGCCACAUCUAGCCAGGAGGGACCCCUGAAUCAGACGGCGAAGCGUUCGAAGAUCUCUGACAAGGUGACGGAAUACAACGCCGAUGCGGGUGCCGCCGACCACCACUGGCCGGCCGAGCUGGGCCGCUUCCCCGACUGGCUCCUCGAUCCGACGCCAUCGACCACCUCAUCGGGGUCUGUGACCGUCGCGGCGGCGGCCGACUCGCCUCGCCUCGCGGCGGCGACGACUCUACAGCGCAUGAAGAGCAUGCACGACCCGCCGCCGGGAAAUAUUGCGACCGGCGACAAGGGCAAGAAGGAGGUGGAGGGUUACAAUAUCGACCCGAUGCUCUCGGCCGGCAGCCAGGACACCUCGAUGCUUCGCACCGGUUGUAGCGCUUGGCGCUGGGAGAUUUAA